AUGUCGGCCGUUCCUUCGCUCACGACGACAUUCGUGCCGUCGUCGUCGUGCACAAUCGAUCUCUACAAAAUGCCGUACCCAGGCAUAACGUGCGCCAUCGGCUCCAGUCUCAUUCCGUGCGAAUACUACCACCUCGGCGUCGACAGCAGCGUAUCCAACUGUUUCCCGUCCGGCUGGAGCGCGACCAAGUACUUUUCACCGGGUGUCUGCCCCGAGGGCUACACGGAGGCCUGCUCGAGCACCGUCGGUGCCGAAACGCGCGCGACAUGCUGUCCCACAGGCUACCAAUGCCAGACGGAGACGAACUGGCCAUGGUACUCAACCGACCAGUGUACGUACGUCAUGUCGACCAAGCAGGUGUUUGUAUACACAACCAACAUCAUUGGCGCCGGGAAGGUGGUGUCCACCGUGACGGGGGCCGAGGGCCUCAACGCCUUUGGCCUCCAGAUCCGCUACCAUUCGACUGACAUCCCCUCGUCCACGUCUUCUGUGCCAUCUUCCAAGUCCGCCACCAAUACCGGCAGCGCCGCCAGUAGUGGCCCAACUGGCAGCAGCGGCGACUCCGGCAGCACCUCGUCCUCCAGCAGUGGUCUUAGCACCGGCGCCAAGGCUGGCAUCGGCAUCGGCGUCGCCCUGGGCGCCAUCGCGUUCAUUGGCGUCGCCGUCUGGCUCUUUAUUCGCAACCGGCGGGCAGCGACCGGCGACGGCAUCCUCUCCGACGGUGCAGAACUCGCCGGCGGCGCUGACGGUGCGGCUAGUCAAUACGGCGGCACCAGCAACUCUGCACACAGUCCACACUCGGGCGUCGCGUACACAGCAGUGUCGACAAGCGCAUCGCCGGGGCUCGAGCAGCAGCAGAAAUACUACUAUUCCGCAGGUGCGUCGACGCCCAUGGCCGAAGUAUCUGGCGAGUCGUGGACGCCACCGGUCGAACUGUCGACGGAGGGCCAGCCCCAGUAUCUGCAGCCGGGGCAGGGACAGGGGCAGCUUGAGCACCGGUGA